AGGAAAAAAAAUGCAGACACCCUGCACUUUACUGCUUCGUCAGACAGAAUGUAGUGAAUUCCUCUGAAAAUUAACAAAAAGAAUGAAUAAAUAGUUUUGUAAGUAUAACGAGAUAAAGUGCAAAAAAUAAAAUCUUGUGAGACGAAAAAAUUUGUCAGACUUUAAGACAAAAGGAAAAUAUUCAUAUUAUUCGAAAACAUAUGGAUCAAAUACAAUUGAAUAAAAAACAAAAGAAAAUAAUUAUCAACAAUUGAUAAAAUCGAUAAAAUAAUUGAAGAAAAAAGGAGAAAAAUAAUAAAUAAUAGCCUGGCUGUGACAAAAGGUACAACAAUUUAUGACAUUUCGCCAAAGGACGCUCCGGCAAACAAUUGCGGUUCCAAACAUAACCUAAAAUUAUAACGAAAAUUGUGUGGUGUGCAACAAGAUCUCCGAGGAUUUAAACAUUUUAUUAGGUUUUUCGUUAAAAUAUAUAAAAAGAUAAAAAAUGGUGCCGUUAGGACCAACUCCCGGACAUCAAACGUCUAUUAAUAAUUCAUCUAGUGCACCAAGCAGUGGAACAAAAGGCAGUUCUACAGUUAAACCAAAUUAUACACUAAAAUACACAAUGACUGGCCAUAUGAAGGCUGUAUCUUCUGUUAAGUUUAGUCCGAAUGGUGAAUGGCUAGCAAGUUCGUCGGCAGAUAAAUUAAUCAAAAUCUGGGGUUCUUAUGAUGGUAAAUUUGAGAAGACUAUAUCGGGUCAUAAACUUGGAAUAUCUGACGUUGCCUGGUCCAGCGAUAGUAGACUUUUAGUAUCUGCGUCUGAUGACAAAACACUGAGAAUAUGGGAAUUGAGUUCCGGAAAAUGCCUGAAGACAUUAAAAGGACACACAAAUUAUGUCUUCUGUUGUAAUUUCAAUCCACAGUCAAAUUUAAUCGUUUCCGGUUCGUUUGACGAAAGCGUCAGAAUAUGGGACGUGAGAACUGGAAAAUGUUUAAAAACCCUACCGGCACAUUCAGAUCCUGUUAGUGCGGUGCAUUUUAAUAGAGACGGUUCCCUUAUUGUAUCCAGCAGUUACGAUGGUUUAUGUCGAAUAUGGGAUACAGCAUCAGGACAAUGUUUAAAAACUUUAAUAGAUGACGAUAAUCCCCCAGUGUCAUUUGUCAAAUUUUCACCUAAUGGAAAGUACAUUCUAGCAGCAACUCUAGACAAUACCUUAAAAUUAUGGGAUUACAGUAAAGGAAAAUGUCUGAAAACCUACACGGGUCAUCGUAAUGAAAAGUAUUGCAUAUUUGCCAAUUUUUCCGUCACUGGAGGAAAGUGGAUUGUUUCCGGUUCUGAAGAUAAUAUGGUAUAUAUUUGGAAUCUUCAGACAAAAGAAAUUGUCCAAAAAUUACAAGGCCAUACAGACGUCGUUCUCUGCACAACAUGUCAUCCAACAGAUAAUAUUAUUGCAUCAGCGGCUUUAGAAAAUGAUAAAACUAUAAAAUUAUGGAAAAGCGACACAUAGAGAAUAAAUUUAUUAUCGCUAUGAUCUGUACAAAUUCUCCGUUUCACCUCAAGAGAAAUAACUAUUAUUAUAAAUCGUAAUAUUAAAAUGUAAAUCAGUGAUAAUAUUAUUUUCAUAAAGAAAAACAAUAACAGUUGUUAAAUCUUGGCGAUUAGAAAUGUAGAAUAUUUAAAUUUUUAAAUAUUAAUGUGAAACUCGAGUGAAUAAUUUUUUUUUCCAGCUUAUUAGAUUUUAUUAGUCCGAUCAAUGUUUAAAAUAGAACAUUUCUUUUCGAUAUGAAUUUCAAUCUUAUUCUUCCAAGAUUUAUCUCGAUAUUUUGAGUAAACAAAAUUUACUCUGUUUUUCUAAAAAAGACUUUAUCAUUUUCACCGACCGCCGAGUACAAUUUAUUAUUCGUGAAUAGAAAAGCGUGAGAUAAUGCGCAAGUAUUUUUUAAGAGAAAGAAAAACUAAGUUUUUUUUGUUUUUACAUUUUUAUAUAUAAAUAUUUAAGUAUAUUUUUGACACUAAAAUAUUUAAUAUUUUGUCUUUACGAAUACUUUGACUGAUGUUUUUUUGUGUCUUCUAUAAAAAAUUAAUUGAAAGCAAAAUAAGAGUAUUUUUUCGUUACUUAAUUUCAAUCAAAAAGAUUAUAUGAGGAAAAAAAGAUUUUA